AUGACGGAUACAUCAAAAGCAAAAUAUGGCGAAUCAAUUGGUGCAGACGGGCCACCACCCAGCCUGGAGCAGCAAUUGCUCGCGGCGGCGGCCGCAGGCGACGCCGAUGAGGUCGCACGAUUGAUCGAGCUCGAGGCAGAUGUCGACUAUCAAGACGAAGACGGGGUCAGUCCGCUCAUGAAGGCAGCGGAGGGCGGCCACAUUGUCGUACUGUCGGCGCUGCUCCAAUCAGGCGCGCCGUGGAACGCGCAGGACAAGCACGGCUACUGCGCAGGCGAGUACGCCAUGGGUUCAGGGCAUCAGGAGGCCGUGGAUCUGCUGCUGGAUUUCGCCGUACAGGUUGAGCUGGUCCUCGGGGCGCUUGAGAGGUAUAUAUGCGAUAUGAUAUAUAUGUAUGCCGCCCCCAACUCCGGAUACCUGACCCAGAAGCUGGUGUACCGCGGAGAGCAGCUUCUGGACGCCGAUGGCGAGGCAGUGAUGAUGGGUUGGGAGCGGCCACUGAUGGUACGGCAUGCCGAGCGUGAUGGCGGCGGCGGGGGCGGACGGGUGCUGAAUGUGGGGUUCGGUCUGGGCAUCGUAGAUACCGAAAUCCAGUCACACAAACCCGAGCGACACACCAUCGUGGAGGCUCACCCCGACGUGUACGAACAUAUGGUACGGAAAGGCUGGGCGGAAAGGCCAGGAGUCCGCAUCCUCAAGGGCCGCUGGCAGGACGUUCUGCCGGAGCUGUUGGCGGAGGCGCCGUACGACGGAAUAUUUUUUGAUACGUACGGUGAGUAUUAUGAGGAGAUGAGGGAUUUCCACAUACACCUGCCGCGGCUCCUGGCCCGGGAUGGCGUGUACUCCUUCUUCAACGGCCUGGCCUCGGACAACAUCUUCUUCCACAUGGUGUACUGCAGGCUGAUUUCUCUGGAGCUGGCGUCCAAGGGCCUUACUGUGGAGUACGAACCGUUGGCGGUUGGCAGCCUGGGUGAUGAGGUUUGGCAGGGUGUACGGUCCAAGUACUGGCACUUCGAGACGUACUUCCUGCCGCGUGUUACCCGCGUGGAUCCGCUGGACGCUGUGGAGGAGGAGGGGGACGAGGGGGGGGAGGGGCGCCCGUGUGUUGAGGAGGCGGGCGGGGUUACGGCAGCGGCGGACGAGACCAUGGCAGCGGGCGGGAGGGGGGAGGCGGGGGUUGCAGCUUUAGCGCCGGACGAUCAGCUGCAGCAGUAG